UUGAGGUCAGGACCAAUCCACAAAUCGAGGUUCAUAAAGACAUGGAUGAGAAAGUUUUAUGUGGACGAACUUGACUGGUCUCCACAAUCCUGACCUCAACCCUAUAGAACACGUUUUCAUAAAUUAGAGCAGAAAUUGAGAGCCAGGCCUUCUCGUCCAACAUCAGUGUGUAACCUCACUAAUGCGAUUGUGGAAAAAUUGGAAUAAUUUCCCAUAAACACACUCCUAAACCUUGUGGAAAAACUAUAAACUGACGUAACUGCAGAGGGUAGACCAUUGUCAUAGUAAACCAGAUGGAUUAAGAAUGGGAUGUCACUCAAAUUCCAAUCUGAGCCAUGGCAGGUGAGCGAAUACUUUUGGCAAUACAGUGUAGCUACAAAAAUCUAGUGAAUAGCUCGAGCUCGCUUUCAUUUUUAUAUGUUGUCUGUAGCCGAUGGUUAUAAAUAUCUGUCUUUUUCGUACAUUUUCUUAAAUGAACACCACAACAGAUUUGAACAAUGUUAAUGUCAAUAACUACCGAGCUAGUUAAUUGUUGGUUAGUGAAAAAAAGCUAGCUGGUAGUUGUAGCGAUAUUCAAAUUUUCUACAUUUUCUCAAAAUGGAUGCCACAACUGAUGUGUAUAAUGUGUAUGCAGCUAGUUGGUGAUAAUUGCUAGUUAGCUGCAGAAAGCUAUUGAAUAGCUCGAGCCAGCAGACAUUUUUGUACGUUUUCUCAAAAUAGACACUAGCUAGUUGCUAAUUGCUAGUUAGCUACAGAAAGCUAGUGAAUAGCUCAAAUCAACUACCAUUUUUUUACAUUUUCUUAGGCACACUAAUUAGUAGCUAAUUACUAACUAAUUAAAUAACUAACUAGUCAUCAAGUUCUUUUUGCGACCAAAUGGUGAAGACGUCCAUUUAAGAAUUAAUUAUUAACAUAACAUGAAUUAUAUAACUAGUUUCAUUAUUAUAUAUUGAUUGCUAAUUUCCCCAUUGUGGGACUAAUAAAGGUUAUCGUAUCUUUUUACAUAAUUACAUAAUUAUCUCAUACUUGUUAAUUGUAUUUGUCGCAUGGAUGGAACGUUGCAUAACUACUGUGGCUAACUCGUUAGUUAGCCACUAACUUGCUAAGUUUCCUACUUGCUAUGUGUGUUGGUAGGUAGCUGUAGCUGAUAUUUGCUGUAUGGAACUGGCUAUCCAUCCAUCCAUUUUCUGAGCCGCUUCUCCUCACUAGGGUCGCGGGCAUGCUGGAGCCUAUCCCAGCUGUCAUCGGGCAGGAGGCGGGGUACACCCUGAACUGGUUGCCAGCCAAUCGCAGGGCACAUAAAAACAAACAACCAUUCACGCUCACAGUCAUGCCUACAGGCAAUUUAGAGUCUCCAAUGAAUGCAUGUUUUUGGGAUGUGGGAGGAAACCGGAGUGCCCGGAGAAAACCCACGCAGGCACGGGGAGAACAUGCAAACUCCACACAGGCGGGGCCGGGGAUUGAACCCGGGUCCUCAGAACUGUGAGGCUGACGCUCUAACCAGUCGGUCACCGUGCCGCCUGGAACUGGCUAGUAAGGUAUUUUCUACCAAAUAUGGUCAAGGGGUCCAUUUUGAGAACAUUUCGUCCGGUCACUAUAGCUAGCUAGAGAGUUAGCUACAGUAGUUGUAGUUAGCUUGCUAGCAACUAACUAGCGCUAAUCUAUGAAUGCAGUUAUAUAAAUUAGUAGCUAGCUAUCUAGUAUGCCACAACUAGUAUGGAAUGUUCUCAAAAUGGACACUUUGACUAUAUUUGGUCACAAAAACCAUGUUAGCUAGUUAAUUGCUGUUAGUGAUUUAGUUUACUAUCUAGAGGGUAAUGAGUUACAAACCUACAUACCUACUUUCAUUGUUAGUUGCUCGUUAGUUACUAAAUAGCUAGUCAUUUAACCUCAGUAGUUGUGGCCAACUAGCAACUAAUGAGCUUCUACGUGUCUAAGGUCUCAAAAACCUUGCUCGCUAGUUAGCCUCGGGUGGCCUGGGUUAGGUGGUAGAGUGGUCAUCUCUCAAAGGGUGUGGGUUUGAUCAUGACCGUAUCCAUACAUGCUUGAGCAAGAUUACUGAACCCCCAGUUGGAGCUGCUACUGCGUCAUCAGUAAAUGAAUGAGGAGACAGCGUUAAAGUCCUUUGAGUACCUUGAAGGAGUGUUCGGUUGCCAUGGCCUCUGCGGCUCUGGAGCUGAUAGGCUUCUUCCUGGGCAUGCUGGGCCUACUGGGCAGCCUGGUGUCCACGGUGCUCCCCUUCUGGGAGAAUACGGCGCACAUCGGCUCCAACAUUGUGACGGCCUCGGGCAGCGUGAAGGGCCUGUGGAUGGAGCGUCCCGGGCCCUCAUGGUGAUCUCCCUGGUGCUGUCCACCCUGGGCCUGGUCAUCGCCGUCCUGGGUAUGCAGUGCACCGUCUGCCUGGAGGGCUCCGGGGAACUCAAGAAACGGGUGGCGGGCGUGGGCGGGUGCUUCUUCCUCUCGGCUGGCUUCAUGACGCUGGUGCCUGUCUCCUGUACCACCAACAAGGUCAUCCAGAACUUCUACAGUCCCACCGUGCCCGCCACUCUCAAGUUCGAAUUAGGCGACUGUCUCUACUUGGGUAUGGUCUCGGCCUUGCUCUCCAUGCUUGGAGGCGGAAUGCUGGCCGUGUCCCUCUGCGAGGGGAAGGAGGGUGGAGGAAACCGGAGGAGACGGUAUGGGGGUGGAGGCUACCCGUACCCAGUUGGCAGUGGUGGUGUGCCGGUGGUACGAAACCCCACCACCCUGCAAAUGGGAGGAAUCAGCGCGAACAGUCGAGGGCAGACGCUGAUUCGAAGCGGCAGCGGGAGCUCCGGGGGAGUUCAUGUGAAACCUGUAGCAGCAGGCUAUGAUGUCACAGGAUACGUGUGAUGUCACCCUAUAUGUUAUUACAGACUUUUAUUAAUAUUCCAGACUGACCAUGGUUUUAUUUUAAAUAAAUUGUGCCCUAUUUGAAGAGUGUUCAGAGGUACUUAUGAGAGAACUGUGGCUGAAAUGCUAAUGCUAUGGUACAAACUUGGGGGCUAGUUAAUAUCUGUGGAUAAAGCUAUGCCGUCAUAUGUAUAAAAACAAAAUGCUGAUGUUAUCCUACCAAUGUGAGGCCUACUUUCAUACUUUCAUCCUAAGCUAAGGUGUAGUUAUUUUUCCGUGCUCUAGGAUAAAGCUACACCCAAGUACAUAUGAAACCCAAAAAUAAAACCGCAAAAAAUAAAUGAAACCAAAAUGCUAACGUUAUGUCGUUCACGUGAGGGCUAGAUCGGAUCCGAGGCUCUGGAUAAAGCUAUGUAGUCGACCCAAAAAGCUAAUGUUAUGCUACUUAUGUGAGGCCUAGUUAUCUCCCUGACGUAACCUACAAAUCGAUAAAGUAUACAUGCUAAAGUCCAUUGAAGAGCAGCAACUGACCUACAAACAGAAAGUGGACAAGAACAAACUUAAAACACACAAAACCUAAAGGAUCAAUACUGGAUGUGUAAUGACUCAGCUGGACUAACAUAAUGACCCAUAUUCAAAAAGAUUGUCUUCGUAGGCCUGGCUCACACAUUUAAAAAUGGGCUGUUUAUGUCUUGAUUUUGCCCCUUCCGACCAAGGACGACAAAUGCCAGACUAUCCUAUGUCUUAUAAAAUUAUCCUAUAAGAAUAUCCUGUGGUCAGAGGGUUGUUAAGCGUGAAUUUGUCCCGAUAAUAGGGUCCGAAACGGGUCGGGGGCGACAAUCUUAAAUAUUAAACACGUUCACUAUUUGCGACCAACCUCAUUUAUGUGUGUAGGGAAAGCCGAUGACUCCAGAGUCACGACUGUGAAUUGCUACGUGAAAUGGAAUGUAGCCAAACAAGAAGCGACCAGACUGAAAAACAAGAAAGCGGGCUUAAAUAAAAAUGAAACAUGUCGUACUUGAAACACAAAGUCCGUUAGACCUCUUCGCCUAAAAAUUGGGAAGGAAUCUUAGCUUCAGAAUGAUUCAGGAAGAUUCACAGAGCAACUGUGAGCAAGGUGGGGAAGGAAACUGUGGAACAGUUAGGAUAAAUCGCUUAGCAUAUAGCUUGAUUAACAAACUUCAUGGUUAUAGAUGUGUUUCACAACCCUGGACAGAGCCAUAUAAGGAAGCAACUGUUGAGAGGAAAAGUAAUGAGAUCACAAACAAGUGUGACAAUAAAACAAAGAAGAGCUUUGAGUAGAAAGGUACCGACGGUUGAUAAGGGCGAAGCUUGUCACUCUAAAUACUGUGUGCGCGCUGCGUACUCAGACUUCACUUGGGACCUCAUCAGAUGCGCUGUUGAGCGGGAAUGUCUCCAGAUAUAUCUGCUUGGUAAUAAAGGCAAUUGAUGUGUACUCUUUGAA